CCUUAAUGAAGAAGCAGGUAUAGAGGGAGCCCUUCUGCAGAGGAAGCAAACGAGAAAAUGUCAUCAAGCUGAUAAGGUUGCUUUCAGUCAAUUCUUCUUAUUAGGGAUACUCCCAGCUGGAAGGACAAUUGGUGUCUGAAUGUGAUAUUGAAAUGUGUGGUAGGGUCCUUGUAGCUAUAAGUCGACCCUCAGGAAGGAGCAAAGGGGGGAAUGAUUUGAUACUGAUAUUUUAUCUAUGUAUGCUCAGCUUGUAUUGCAGCCAUGAAUUACAGCUGGGAUGGCUCUUCCAUCUUGGAAUAGAGAUUGAUAUGUGAAAUCAAAAUCUCUGUCAUUGUACAUGUCUCUCCCUAUCUAUCUUCUCCCUUUUUCCCCACAACAUCUCUUAUUACACAAAGAAGGA